GCCAAUCGGUUUGUAGGAACUGCGCGCGCUCCCGACAGCAACGAAGGACACGAAGAGCUGCGGAAAGGUGUUUAUCUUCAUAAAUUUGCUGUGUUUUGGUACCUCCGAGUCAAAUUUGACAGACAUGUCCGAAGAGAAGCCGAAGGAAGGUGUGAAGACGGAGAACGACCACAUCAAUCUAAAAGUGGCCGGCCAAGACGGCUCCGUUGUCCAGUUUAAGAUUAAAAGGCACACCCCCCUCAGCAAACUAAUGAAAGCUUACUGUGAAAGACAGGGUUUGUCAAUUAGACAGAUUCGAUUUAGGUUUGAUGGGCAGCCAAUCAACGAGACGGACACUCCUGCACAGCUUGAGAUGGAAGAUGAAGACACUAUUGAUGUAUUUCAACAACAGACUGGAGGCUUCUGCUGAAGACAAACACUUUGUAGGAGGCAGAAGGCUGUGGACCCUGAGAGCAUCAAAUCUUUUUUUUUUUUUUUUUUUUCUUUUCUUUCCUCCAGAUACUACAUCAAUAUUAUUUAUUUAUCUCUUUUUGACAACUCUACCCCUACACGCGCACUGGUUCCGGCCAGCACACACUGCAGUUUGUAUGCAAGAAAGGAUGAGGAUUUACAUGGUACAGAACCAGCUCAGACUGUUGAUAGUUAGGCUCCCACUACCAAGAAUAUUGCACCAAUGGGGGUAGUUUGAGGUAGAUCAACCUGCUGAUGUUUUGCUGGGUAGUAGGGAGUCAAGAGAUUUGGAGAAAGGGCUGUUUGGAUGUUUGUGGAGCUCUUGAACAUAUUUAGUAUAACAUGCUGUAUAUUUUUAAUUCUCACAAUUUUUAUGUGCACUGGCAGAAUAAGAUAUAGUUCUGUUUGUGGGUUUUUUCUCUUUUUUUAAUAUGUUCAAGAGCCUGGUGUGCCAAGCAGGAGUGGUCUGUUUAAUUUUAUAUAUAUAUAUUUUUACAUACAUACAUAUAUAUAUAUGUAUGUAUGUAUGUAUAUUUGUGUGUUGUUUGGAGGAACAGCCUGGUUUCAGGACCAAGUAUAAAGUGGAUAGUGUUCUCAAUAUUGAUUAUUCUAAGAGCCUGAGUUUUGUUUUUAACGUCUUUUUGAUAUUGCCCCCUCAAUAAAGAUGAGGGGUGUUAUGAACAUUUAAAAAGCAAAUCCGGUUAUGUUGCUGGAUCAGUUUUCCACACUCUGAAAACCUGGAAAAGAGAAGGGAAUGUUCCCUGACCUCAAAUAUUGUUAGCAUUUUUUUUUCUUCUUUUAAUCUGAAAUCAGAGGAACUGUAUUAUCGAUCUGCAUCCUUUGCGUGUCUCCACUUCAGCUCCUUGCUUUUCAGUGUGGUGUGUGGAGGGGAAGGGGAGAGGAGCGGGUGUGAAAAUUUGUCAAGAGUCUUAUGUUUCUGUACUGAUUUGUACAUUUAUUCGUUUUCCUUUACUGCUGCAUACAAUAAAUAUAGUUUGGUACGCAUGUUUCUUUCCUCAGCUUGCUUUCUUGAUCAUGUCUCAGUCUGAAUUUGCUUUUUUAGGAUUAAGGACUAUACCUGGACAGACUGGUUGCUGAGAUGUUUAUGUAAUAUACAACAGACCUAGCAACUGUUGAUUAAAGUGGGUGUUAUGAGAGCAAUGUGUGUCUGUUGGUUGGCUCAUGCAUGACAAACUGCUUUAUUUCUAUUAUCAUUCACUCCCAAAUCAAAGCUUUUGAAAUUCUUAAAGUUUUUGCUUUUAUCAAAACAAAAUAAAAGGAGAGCU